AUGUCAUGUUACCAAAUGAAAAACACACACAAAGAGGCGGAGAUAGAAAGAGUGAUCAUUGAUGAGUUGUGGAGGGAAAUAGGAACCAAUCAAUCAUUCACAAUUCCAGACCAGAGCCAUUACCCAGGAGUGGUGGUAGGAGUGUUGCAGUGGAGCAUUUUACCUCAAUUGAGGAUAGCCCCAAAUUCAAUGUUCUCAACCCCAUUCGUCCUAACCUUCUCCCUCCUCCUCUCCCUUCCAAUCCUCUUCUUCCUGGCUCCCCGCAUCAUCCCUCCCAAACCCCACUCCCUCCCAAUCUCCCCCUCCGACGAACUCGAUGACAUCAACCUCUUUAACCGCGCCAUCACCCUCGCCAAUUCCCACGCCACCACAACCGCCACCACCAACCCCUCCAAAUUCUUCCACCUCUCCUCCAAAAACCCCUCCCUCAAAAUCGCCUUCCUCUUCCUCACCAACACCGAUCUCCACUUCUCCCCCCUCUGGGACCUCUUCUUCCAUGACACUCCCUCCAACCUCUUCAACAUCUACAUCCACGCAGACCCAUCCGUCAACAUCACGCGCCCCCUCUCCCCCCUCUUCGCCCACAAAUUCAUUCCCUCCAAACGCACCUUCCGCUCCUCUCCCACCCUCAUCUCAGCCACGCGCCGCCUUAUCGCCACCGCCCUCCUCGACGACCCUGCCAACGCCUACUUCGCCCUCCUUUCUCAGCACUGCGUCCCCCUCCACUCCUUCACCUACACCUACCGGUCCCUCCUCCUCUCCCCCACCUUCGACUCCUCCGAUCCCGAAUCCUCCCGCUUCGGCAUUCGCCUCAAGUACAAAUCUUUCAUCGAAAUCCUCUCCCACGCCCCCAAGCUCUGGAAACGCUACACAUCCCGCGGCCGCUACACCAUGAUGCCCGAAAUCACCUUCGAACAGUUCCGCGUAGGUUCCCAGUUCUUUACCCUCACGCGCCGCCACGCUCUCCUUGUCGUCAAGGACCGAACCCUCUGGAGGAAAUUCAAGAUCCCCUGUUACCGCGACGACGAGUGCUACCCCGAGGAGCAUUACUUUCCCACGCUCUUGUCCAUGAUCGACCCUGAUGGUUGCACUAAAUACACGCUCACCAGGGUUAAUUGGACCGGCACCAUUAACGGCCACCCAUAUACAUACCGUCCGCCGGAGGUCUCACCGGAACUCAUUCACCAGCUCCGCCAGUCCAAUAAAUCCGAGUCAUACCUAUUCGCCAGGAAAUUCACCCCGGAUUGUUUGGAACCCUUGAUGCGCAUUGCCAAAUCUGUCAUCUUCAGGGAUUGA